AUGGCUUCUCUCCUCUGCACUUCGGCCCGUGUUGCUCUCCGCUCGGGAGCUUCGGCUACUUCCAAGGCCGGCGCUGCGGGCUUGACUUUUGCCCGCGGCAAGGCCACUCUCCCCGACCUGUCUUACGACUAUGGCGCACUGGAACCCUCGAUCUCUGGCAAGAUCAUGGAGCUGCACCACAAGAACCACCACAACACCUAUGUCACCAACUACAACAACGCUGUUGAGCAGCUCCAGGAGGCGCAGCACAAGGGUGACAUCUCGGCCCAGAUUGCCCUCAAGCCCGCCAUCAACUUCAACGGUGGUGGUCAUCUAAACCACUCCCUCUUCUGGGAGAACUUGGCCCCCUCGAGUGCCGGUGGUGGUGAGCCCCCGUCUGGAGCCCUGUCGCAGGCCAUCAACACCACCUACGGCAGCCUCGACGAGUUCAAGAACAAGAUGAACGCCGCUCUGGCCGGCAUCCAGGGCAGCGGAUGGGCUUGGCUGGUCAAGGACAAGCAGACCGGCCAGAUUGGCAUCCGCACCUACGCCAACCAGGACCCUGUCGUCGGCCAAUACGUCCCUCUUCUCGGCAUUGACGCCUGGGAGCACGCCUACUACCUCCAAUACCAGAACCGCAAGGCCGAAUACUUCAAGGCCAUCUGGGACGUUAUCAACUGGAAGCAGGUGGAGAAGCGCUUCUCGUAA